AUGAAUAAUCACACAAUUUAUUUCUGGUCUAUCUUAACAUUGAUACUUAACCUUAAUUUGAUUAAAAAUACUAUAGCUUGCCCAUUUCAUACUUAUUAAUAGGCAAUAAUAAAUACAGGUAGCUAAACAUGGAUGUAAACUUUAGAGAAUGAUGAUACAUCAAAUGGAGGUGUAUUUACAUUUGGAUUUUGGACAUUUAAUAUACCAUUACUAAUUUAAACUGAUAAUCUAAAUAUUGGUGAAGAAUUUAAAAUUAAUGAACCAUAAACAGGAGAACUUCUUUUUUUAUUAAAAAAUACUGAAACAAAUGGCAAUUUAAUAGUUUGUUAUAAGUCUUUUGAUUAUGUAUAAUAAAAAGUGUAGCACAUUUUUCUCUUAGAAAAUGGGGUUGGUAAUUUUCAAUUCACAUUUGAUUUCAAUUCAUUACAGUAUGAAGGAAUCUGGAUUUUUCACUUAGUUGUAUUUGAGAAUUCAAAAAAAAAAAUGAUUGUGAAAGUAAAUUAAUAGGAUGCACAAUCAGGAUAAUUUAGUUUUUAAAAUCAAUUAAAUUUAGAAAUAAUAAUUGGAGGAAAAGGAUAUGUAAUUAUUUUUAAAAAUAUAGAUCUCAAAUUUAAACCUUAACUAUUUUAAAGGACUUUAAAGUAAAUUAAUAUUCAAACCUUCAAUUGACUAUUCAGAAAAUAUUUCUUAAGAUUUAAUGAAUGAAUGCUAAAUUCCUUAAAGAACAAGCCUUGAAUAAACCAUUUAAAUUGUACAAGGAUUAAAGUUAUUUGAAGGAAACCAAGUUCUAUAGAUGUUAGUAGAUUAAUAUGGAAAUAAAUACUGUAUAUAAGGAUGGGUUAAAUAUAUACUGACAAAUUUGAGUGAUCAAAAAUACACAUUAUUAAAAUUAAAGGGAAUUUCUAAUUAUGAAUAAGAGAAAACUCUAGGAGACGAAUUAUUAAAAAUUGAAGUAUUUAUCUCGUCUGAUACUCCAAAAGAAACAUAAAUAAUUGUCAAUGCUGAUGCAUAUGGUAUGCCAGUUUAAUAAUCAUUUCAAUCCCAAUAUGAUUUAUUUUUUUAAGGAUAACAGAAUCCUGACUAUAAUGUAUUACAAACAAAAAAAUAUUAUUAAGACCUCAACACUUAACUUUAUUAUGAAGGAUUAUAAUAAUGGCAUUUUAUUUAGUAUGAAUAUGGAAGAAGCAAUUUUGAUGAAAGAAUGUUAUUGAUUAUAAAAUUUUCAAAUGAAUUAGGACUAUUAAAAGACAAUUUAGGGAAUGAUAUUUUCAGUGGUUCAUUUACAAAUUCUAAAUUUAAUCUAUUUUUUGGUGGUGAUAACAUAAAUAAUAAUAUAAAUAAUAAUUUUUUGAAAGCUCAAAUAUAUAAUUUCAAGAUGUAGUACAAUUAUAAUUAAGAUAAACCAUUUAAUAUAGAUUGCCAUUACACAUGUUUGACUUGUUUCGGACCAUUAGAAUAAAAUUGUUUAUCUUGUGAUCCUAAUUCAAAUAGGUAUUAUUAAAAUGAGUUAAAAAUAUGCUAGUGUUUUUCAGGUUAUCUUGAAUAGGGGAAUUUUAAAUGCAAUAAUUAAUUUUAUUUUUCAAUAGUUCAAGAAGAAGUUGAAAUUGAUAUAGAUAUCUAAUGUCCUUUUGGAUAUUUUUAAUUACCUGAUUAAAAAGGAAAUGGAUAUGAUUGUCUAGAAUGGUAUGAUUUAUACAUAAGUUAGUCCAUCUUUGAAGAGAACUUCUUCAAUUUAUUGUGUUGAUUGUUUGUUCUAUCCAAAAAUAUGGUAUCUAAAACCAGUUUGUAAAGAAGAUUAUAAAUAGAAUUUUGAAAAAUAUGAUGAUGAAUCUUUGGUCAUUAAAUAGAGGAUACCAACAUAAAAUGAUGUUUAUCUAAUUGGAAAUAAUAAAUAGAUAAUAUAAUAUUCAGAAUAUGAGGAUUAUUGUUAAUAUUCUUUAGAUAAAAACAAUUACUGUCACAAAGUAUCUCAUUUUCAUCUUGGAUCUUAACCUACCUUAAAAUGCAAAUAUAAUUAUUUAUAUGAUAUGGUUAAAUAAGUGUGCUUGAGAAGCAAUUUAAUAUGUAAAACAUAUGAUAUUUAGGGGCAUUGUAUUGAUUGUCUAACAGGCAUGUACUUAGUUUGGUAUUAUUGUAAUUAAUGCCCGAAUACUUGUACUGUAUGUUAGAAUAAUGGAUAAAAUUAAGCAAUAUGCUUAGAAUGCAUUGAAUAAUAUACUAUUAAAAAUGGAGCUUGUUUUAAAUGUGGUAACGAUUGUAAAAUUUGUAAAGAUAUUUAUGAUGAAAAUUUGGGAUAUAGUUAUCUAAAAUGUUUAAAAUGUAUUGAUGACUUUAGAUACUUAAUUUCUCUUGAUGGUAUUAAUUGCAUAUUAAAUGAUAUUCUACAUUGUGAGCAUGCAUUUUAAACAUUAGAUAAAGAUUAUACUAUUAAUUCUUUAGAUAUCAAUUUCACACCAUAAUUGGAUUAAAGUAAAUUUAAAUUACUAUGUGCCAAAUGUUAAUAAAAUUAUAUAUAUGUUUUUGAAAAUUAAUAAUGUGUUUAAUAUGUUAAUACUGAAUAAUGUGAGAUUGGUAUUGGAUAAUAUAAAAAUAGUGAUUAAAUUUUAGAUUUAGUUUAAUGUUUAAAGUCAGAUAAAUAUGAAAAUGAAGUUGUUGAAUUUAUCUAAAAUUGUAGAUCAUACGUAAAUUAUUGCAAAGUUUGUCUAGAAACAAAUAUUUAAAAUUAUUUUCAUUGUUUAGAAUGUGAAGAUGGAUAUUAUGCAGAAUAAUUAUCCGGUUAAUGUAUAUAAUGUCCAAUUGAGCUUAAUUGCAUAUAAUGUUAUUAGUAAAAUUCUAUUUCCAAAGACUAUUGGAAAAAAGAUGUUAGAGCAUUUUAUAGAAAGUAUAUUGAAGUAACAAAUACUCAUUAAUAUAUUCUAAAUGCAAUAAGUUAGAAUAUAAAUGAUUAUGAGUUGAUUUGCUUAGAGUGCUAAAAUGGUUAUAGAGCAUAUUAAAAUAAAUGCAUUAAGUUUUGUUCAGAUUCAUGUGUAGAAUGCUUAUUCAAAGAUGAUUAAUAUCACUGUAUUAGAUGCUAAAAUGAUUAAAAAGGAAGAAGAUAAUCUAUUAACAAUAAUGAAUGUAUUGAAUGUCCAGAAAAUUGUUAAUUAUGUCGGCCAAGAACCCCAUAAGAGAUUGAAGAAAUUAAUCCUUUAUUCAACAAUACAAAAUAUUAAAAAUAUUCUAGUCAAUGCAUUAAGAGCUAUGAGGAUUAAAAUUACUAUUAUGAUUAAGAUUUAGGAUUAUUUGUAGAAUGUUAAUAAACUCCAAAUAGACAUGGAUGUUAUAAAUAGUUAAUUAUUGAGUUAAAUUUAUAUUCUGAUUAAUUUACCUAUUUUGAUGAUUUCAAUAGAUUAAAAGAUGAAGAGAGUAGAAUUGAAUUUAAAAAAAGAAAUACAUAUUUCAAAGACUUUAAUUCAUUUGAUUUUUUAUUUAGUGAAGUAUUUAUUUCAAUAUUAAUUUUAGUUUGAAAAUGAUGAAUUCUACACAUUGGCCAAUAUGAAAUAAAUUAAAUCUAUUAUUCUGAAAAUUGUUAGUGUGAGUGAAAUUCACACUACGAUUACAGGUAUUUUAAGUUAAAAAUUUUGCAAUAACAUUUUUUCAGUCAUGUAAAUUAAUAUUUAUAUCAUAAAGAAAUGUUGAAUUAAUAUUAGAUAUGCCCUAAGGAUCCAUAAUUACUAUAAAAGAAUUAUUAUAAUUUAGUAAUUUCAACAAAAUUACUCUAAUCAACAUCAUUUUUGAUACUUGUGUUCCUUGUUAUUAAUAGAUUAAAAUUAUUUUUGAGAGUGUAUUCCCUUAAAUUAUAUCUUUUAAUUAAAUUACCAUUUAAUAAAUUUUAGAACCAUAGUAUUUUGAUUAUUUAAAAAUUUAAUUUAAAAACAUAAAAUAACUAUUUGCAAAUGGACUUCAAUUUAUUUCAUUUGGUUAAAGAAAUGUUGAUUAAUUUUUUACGAUUUCAGGAUCUAAAACAAUCAAAUAGAUUAUUUUUAAAGAUUUAUAAAUUAAAAACUGCUAAUUUUAAAAUUCAAUUAUUUUUAGUUUAGAAUUGCUAGAAAACGAUUUGGUUGAGUUUGAUAAUGUUACUAUCCUAAAUUCGUAAUUCAAUAAUAUAACUUUUAUUUAAGUAGAAACUUUGAAUCCAGUAGGAUCCUUAGUAUUAAAAAAUAUAGAAAUAACAAGUAUAAUAUCAGAAAGCAACAGUUUUUUUUCAUUAUAAUUAUUUAAAGAAAUGGAAAUAAUGAAUUUCAGUUUAAUUUAAUCUAUUAUAACUAAUUCAAAAAUCCUUAUUUUGACCAAUGUUGCUUUAUUAAAUAAUCUAAUAUUUCUAAGCAAUACUUUUAUUAAUAGAUGCUUUGGAAUUAUUAAUAUUAAUUAAUUGUCUCAUUUGGAUUAUGAUUACUAAUUUAAAAAUAUUCAAUUUGAAAACAAUACUUAUAAUAAUAUUAUUAAAUUCAUAGAGUUUAAUAAAUAUUAGAGUUCAAAAUAAAAAAUUAUAAUUUAAGAAAUCAACCUUAUUGAUAAUUAUUUAACAGAUGAAUCUUUAGAAUAUAAUUAAUAAUAAGAUGAUUCUUCUUUAGUAUUAAUUACAUUUGAUGAGAUUUUGAUAAUUAAUUUUAUAAUCAAUCGAGGUUUUGGAUUAGUAGAAUUCUCAUUUUUAGAAACAAAAGUGUUAUAAAUAACUAAUGGAAAAAUAUUGCAAAAUAAAUUCUAAUUCUUGGGGUUGCAUAAGAAUUUAAAUUGCCAGUUGAAAUAAGUAAAAGGAUAAUUGUAUCCUUCUUCUAUAAAUAUUGGAUCCUUUUAUAAUGCUUCAUUUUUUAAUGUUACAAUAUUAUAAUCUUAAGCAUACAAUUUUCCAAUUAUAAAGAUUCAAUCAGCUUCAUUGAGUUAAAGAAAAAUUUAACAAAAUCUUAUUUUAAUAAAUAUUAUUUUUUAAUCCAAUUUACUAUUAGUAUCUAAAAUCAAAUUCUCUCCUUCAUUGAUAUAAAUAAAUUCUCUUUAGGAAUCUUUGAUUGAAAUUAAAAAUUUAAUAUUUCAACUUAAUGUCCUUAAUGAAUACAUUUAAGAUCAUUUAGAAAAAUAAACUGGUUUAUUAUUAAUUAAUUGUCCCAACUGUUAAAUUCUUCUCAUGAAUUCUAUAUUUGAUAACAAUAUUUUAACAAAUAGUAGAGGAACUAUUUUAUCAAUAAUUACUUAAUCAUUAGAAGUAAGAAAUUGUAGUUUUGAAAGUAAUAAUGUCUUGAAUUAUGAUGUUAUUUAACCUUAUUUAAUAUGGGGUUUUUCUCAAUCUGUAACAUACAAAGCAAUCGAAAAAAUCUUUUAAAUAAAAUCUAUAUCUGGAAUAGGAUUAAUUUGGGUUUAAUCAUUGAAUAUACUUAAUAGUAGUUUUUAAAAUGCAGUAGGAUAAUUUGGAGGCUGUUUCUCUAUAUUUGCUUAAGGAUCAUCUAGAAUAUUAAUUGAAAAUAGUUCAUUUUACAAUUUGUCUACUUAAUUUUACUAAGAAAUUGAAUAAGGAGGAGUUAUUUAUAUUGAAGGAUCAUCUGCAACAGCUCUUAAAAUUGAUAUCAAAAAUAUCAAAGUUCAAAAUAUUUAUUGUCGAUAAUAUGGAGGAUUCCUCUAUCUUAAAUCUAAUAACUCUUAAACUAAUCUUACAAUAAGUGAUAUUAUUUUAAGAGAUAUUUAUGCUUAAUAAGGAUCGAUUAUGUUUAUAUCUUAUUCGAGAUUAGUUUAAUAUCCAUAAACACUUUUCAUCUCAAAAUUAGAAAUUAAAAACUCUCAAUAGAGUUAUUUCAAAUUUUUAAAUAAAUUUACAACAAUUGCAAAUGAAUUUGAAAAAUAAUAUCUUAUUAAUAAUAGAUCAUUAAUUUUUGUAGAAUAUGGAUCAUCAAUUACAUUAUAAAAUAUUUCAUCGUAUUAUUUAAUUUAAGAAUCUUUUCUGAAUUUAUAAAAUACAAGAAAUAUUUAUAUGGAUACAAUAAAUAUAUAAAAUAGUUAUUUAAGUAAUUAAUUAAUAUCAAUAAAUCCCUUUUCAUGUAUUUAUUAAAUUUUAAAUAUUAGUUAAUAAUGUUACAAUAAGAUUACGAAAUUUCAAGAUUGAAUUGAUUAAUGUAGGAUUUGAAUUUAUAAAUGUGACUUGUACGAAUCUAAUAUCUGAUGUAAAUGAUGUUUUCUAUGAUUGCCCAUAAGAUACUCAAACUGCCCCUAAUUUAUUAUAAUAGGAUAAUGAAAACAAUGAAUCAAUUGGAUAAUGUUUGUACAUAAGUUUACAGACACAAUUAGAUAUUUCAAAUUCAGGAUUGAUGAUUUUCAAAUAUUCUUCUCUUUAAUGUUAAUUAGAAAUGUAUGAAGUUCUUUUAAAAUAUAUAAUAUGUAAAUAAUGUAACUAAGGAUUGAUUUCUCUAUAACUUUAAGAUUAAAAUUUAUAGUAAUCGAAAGUUUAAUAACUUAAUAAUAUAAAAGUACUGAAUUCUAAUUGUGGAUAAAAAGGGUGUAUAAUUGUUGAGAAAAUAUCAUUACUAAGUGGUAGAAAUUUGAAUGAAAUAUAGUUUAAGUUUCUAUAUGAUCUACAGAUUUCAAACUAUUAUUGUACUCAAAAUCUUGGUAGAGAUGGAACUUGUCUAUAUUUAAAUUAAAUUAAGACUUAAAUUCUAAUUUCAAAUUUUUAAUCAAAUAAUGCAUCAAAUAAUGGGGGUGCUUUGUAUAUUUUAGGAGAUGAACCUCUUUUAAUAGAAAAUUGCAUGAUUUCUGAUAAUAGAGCAAUUAUUGGAGGAGGAAUGUAUCUUUAAGAUCAAUUACCAAUGAAUUAUAUAAAAACUAAUACAAUUAUAGUAAAAAAUUAAGCAAUUUAAUAUGGUAAUAAUAUUGCUUCUAUUCCUGAAAGAUUAUCGAUUAGAUUAAAAGGUGAACUACCCAUAUUAAAUACAAUUAGUAAUGUACUUAAUUCAACAAUGUAGAUUGAAGAAAUUAUGAUAUAACCAUAUCAUCUAAUUAAUGGAUAAUAUUCUAAAUAUGUAAAAUUACCAACAGGAUAGUCAAUAUCAAAAUAUUAAUUUUUUGAUUAGAAGAAUUAAAUAUUCAUAAAUGAUAAUUUAAUAUUUCGUAUUUAAACAUUAAGUAGAGAUAUGAAAAUUAAUCUUUAUCCUUCAAUUGAAACAUCAUUAUGCACUAUAUAAAGCAGAUAAUAUAAUAUUUCUAAAAAAGAUGAAGAUUAAUUAUUCACUAAUAAUUAUACUAAUGUUAACUAAAUUAAAUUUAAUACAGAUACUUAAGAUUAUAAUUUAGAUGAAUUAAUUGUGUAUUUUAAUAAUGAGGCAGAAGAUGAAAUUGUACUACAACUUUAAUUUAGUUGUGAGGCUAUUAAAGUUCCAAUUUUUGAUUCAUAAUAUCCAUAUUUUGUUGAAAAUUAACAUCAAAAUUAUAAACUUAGAAUAAAUGUUAAGACUUUUGAAUGCUAAUUUGGAGAAAUCAAAAAUAUAACUAAUUUUGCUUGUGAAUAAUGUGAUUCAACUCAAGGACUCUUUUCAUUAACUUUAAAUGCUUAAAAGUGUGAUAUUAAGAAUGAUAUAUCUUCUAUUGCUGUUUACAAAAAUUAAAUAUAACUAAGAAGUGGAUAUUGGAGACCAUAUUUUCAUACAAAAUUAAUUAGUUAUUGUAUGAAUUUACCUAUGAAUUGUAAUGGUGGAUGGAAUGUAGGUGAUAAAUCUUGUUAUACUGGUCAUUUAGGAGCCCUUUGUGAAUAAUGUGAUUUAUAUAAUAUUAGAGGAGAAGGUUCAUUUUCUUUAAGUGAAAAAUAUAUCUGUGGAACAUGUUUGGAUAAAGGCAAAAAUAUUAUGAUGAUUAUUGGGGUCAUUAUCAUGACGAUGAUAUUUAUUUUUAUCUCAGUUUCUGGUAACAUCAAAACUGUUGAAUAACACACUCGUGCUUAGCCAUUCAAAAACAUGAGAAUCUCAAAUUAUUUAAAUAAAGCUCAAUCAGGCAUACUAAUAAAGAUGCUAACUAAUUAUCUCUAAAUCAUUGUUACCAUUACUACAUUUUAACUUAAUUUCCCUUAAGAAUUAAAUAGUACAAUAUCAGCAGUAGGAAAUCCUUUAUAAACAGUUACUCAUUCACUUGAUUGCUUUUUAGUAGAUUUAAUUAAUGUAGAAAUAUAAUAUAGUAGGAUGAUAUGGUAAAUCAUUAUGCCUUUUCUAUAUAUUAAUUUCUUUCUAGGAUUCUAUUUAAUAGUUGCUCAUUUUAAAUUAGCUUCUUAUAAUUCUAGUGUUCCAACUACAGCUUUGAUUUAUGGGUACCUUUAUUUCUCUCCUAAUUUAACAGAUGGCUUAGUUUAAUUAGUAUCCUAUAGAGAGAUUUCGGGAUUUAAAUGGAUUCAAGCUAAUGUAUCAGAAAGAUAUGAUACGAUUAUGCAUCUUAAAUGGAUGAUUUAUUUCUGCUUACCUUUUUUAUUAAUAUUAGGAAUCUUAAUUCCUUUCUAUUUAUUUUAUGGACUUUAUAAAUGCAGAAGAGUUUAAGAUCAAAAAUCUACUAGACUUCAUUGGGGUUAUUUGUAUCAUGAAUACAAAGAAGAAGCAUACUUUUGGGAAUUGAUAAAGAUCUUUUAAAAAGAAUUAAUAAUCUUAUCUCUUAUAUAUUAUGAGGACAGUAUAGCAGUAAAAGGUAUUUUAGUAUUAUUUAUCACUUAUCUAUAUUAAGAACUUAAUAGUAAUUAUAGACCCUACAAAUUAAGUAGUCUAAAUAAUUUAGACUAUUAUUCUGCAAAUAUAUGUAUGAUUACAAUCAGUUUAGCUAUUGGAGCAUAUUUAUCUUAAUCUUCAGUAUCUGAACUUUAAGCAUUAUUUUUUAUCAUGAUGGCUUUCUUUAAUUUUAUUUUCCUUUAUAAAAUAAUUACUAAAAUUAUAGCAGAGUAUUCAAAAACUUAUUAAUUUUUAUUGGAUAAAUUAAAAGAAUUACUUAAAUCCAAACUGCCAAUUUUGUAGAAUUCUAGAUAUUUUAAGAAUAUGCUAAAAAACAAAGCUUAAGAAAGAUAAAGAGUUUAAAGAGCAUUUAAAAAAUUGAGAGUUUUUGGAAUUCCUUUGGCAAAACGAAUAAUCGAACUAAAAAAUUAAUCAAUAGAAAAUUACAAAAGAUUUAAAAUAGGUUAAGUUAUAGAUUCUUAAGGACAUUUAAGAAUGGACUCCAAAAUUGAUCUUUAAGAACUUGAUAGAGUGACUAUGCAAAGAUUUCUAUAGAGCAGCCAUUAUUGA